UGCCGAGGGAAUGGGAUUGGACACGGAGCACAACAGAACCUGUUGCUUAGCAGUGGUUUCUGUUGGGAAGGACACCGGCAGGGGAAGGGGCCAUGGCCUCGCUGCUGUCCCUGCAGGAGGAGAACAGGAUCCUGCAGCAGGAGCUGUCCCGUGUUGAGGACCUGCUGGCCCAGAGCCGGGCUGAGCGUGAUGAGCUGGCCAUCAAAUACAACGCCCUCAGUGAGCGGCUGGAGCAGAGCCUGCGGCUGGAGCCCGAGGACGCGGCCGAGAGCCGGAGCCUGGCCCAGCACAACAUCGAGCUGCGCCGGCUGCUGGAGGAGGAGCAGGCUGCCUACAAGAGGAAGCUCCAGGCCUACCAGGAGGGCCAGCAGCGCCAGGCCCAGCUGGUGCAGAAGCUCCAAGCCAAGGUGUUGCAGUACAAGAAGAAAUGCGGGGAGGUGGAGCAGCAGCUGCUGGAGAAGGCGACGGAGCUGGAGCAGGAGAGGAUGACGAUCCAGCUGGAUGCCAGCGGCUCCCAGCCCGAGGAGGAGAGCAGCAACGAGCUGGAGAACGCCCUGAUCCGGCUGGAGGAGGAGCAGCAGAGGAGCAGCAGCCUGGUGCAGGUGAACUCGAUGCUGCGGGAGCAGCUGGAACAGGCCAACGUGGCCAACGCGGCGCUGAGCGAGGACAUCAGGAAGCUCACGGCGGACUGGGCACGGGCCAGGGACGAGCUGGAGCAGCGGGAGGCGGAGUGGAGGCGGGAGGAGGAGUCCUUCAACACCUACUUCAGCAACGAGCACAGCCGGCUCCUGACGCUCUGGCGGCAGCUGGUGGCCUUCAGGCGCCACUUCGGGGACAUGAAAGCCACCACCGAGAGGGACCUGUCGGAGCUGGGCCACGAGGUGUCGCGGACGGGCCGUGCCGCCCACGCCGCCUGCCUGCACCUGGCCGCCAACCUGCGGCUGGCCGAGAGCCAGGCGGGCGCCGCCCGGGAGCGGCAGGAGCUGCGCCUGGAGCAGCUGCAGGAGCAGCUGGAGGCGCGGGCACGGGACGCGGAGCUGGAGAAAAACACCCUGGCAGCCAGGCUGGCGGAGCUGACAGCAGCCCUGGAGCGGUGCCGGAGCGAGGAUGAGGAGAAGGAGCGGGCAGUGGAAGCGCUGACCCUGCAGCUGCGGGAGCUGGAGGCCGCGCGCGCCCGGGAGCCGACGCCGGAGCAGGUGCAGGCUCUGCGCUCCGAGCUGGAGCUGCUGCGCCGGACGCUGCACGAGAUCACCCAGGCGGUGCUGGCAGAUGACCCCGAGUCCCCCGUGCCUGCUGUGUCCCUCCCGUGUCCCCCCGUGUCCCCUCCGUGUCCCGCCGUGUCCCCUCUCCGCAGCCUCUCUGCCAGCGCUGCUGCUGCUGCCGUCCACGCGGCCCUGAGCCGGCGCCAGCUCCAGCUGCAGGAGGCCCGGAGCCAGGCGGAGGCGGGCCGGGAGGCGGCCGGGAGCCUGCGGCGGGAGCUGGGGGUGCUGGAGCAGCGGCUGGAGCAGCUGGGAGCCGAGGCCGGGAGCUGCCGGCGGGCGCAGGAGGAGGCGCAGCGGGAGGGGCUUCAGCUGCGGGCCCAGGCCGAGGGGCUGCGCAGGGAGCUGUGCCGCGCGGAGGCGGCGCUGGCGGAGGAGCAGCAGCGUGCGGGGGCCCUGCAGCAGGAGCGGGAGCAGCUGCGGCGCCGCAGCGAGAGCCUGCAGGACGGCCGGGACCAGGCUGCCCGCGACGCCCAGGCUGCCCACGAGCAGCUGCAGCACAGCCAGCAGCAGGUGCAGGAGCUGGAGGCGCAGCGGGCGCGGGCGCAGCGGGAGCUGCUGGAGGCACGGGAGGAGCUGAGCCGGGCGCUGCUGGAGGCGGAGCUGGCCCGGGGCGAGCAGGAGGCGCUGGAAGAGGCCCUGGGCAAGGCUCAGGGCAGCUGCGGGGAGCUGGCGGAGGCCCGGCGGGCGGCGGAGGCCGAGGAGUCGCGGCUGCGGGACGCGCUGGCCAAGACCAGCGAGCUGGCGGCCGGGCUGGCCCGGGACAAGGCGGAGCUGGGCCGGCGGCUGGAGCGGCUGGAGCAGGAGCGGGAGCGGGGCCGGCUGCGCAGCCGGGAGCUGUGCCGGGAGCUGGCGCUGCUGCGGGCGCGGCUGGAGAGCGGCCCCCGGCCCGGCAGCGAGCGGCGCGACCUGGAGCGGCCACUGCGGGAGCCCCGGGACGACGGGCGGGGGCUGCGGGAGGAGCUGCGGGAGCUGCGCGGGCUCCACGAGCGGCUGCGCCACAGCCUGGGCCAGGCGGUGCAGGAGCAGAGCGCGGCGGGCGAGGCGCUGGCGCGGGCGCGGGCGGAGCAGGAGCGGCUCCGGGCGGAGCAGGAGCGGCUGGGCCGGACGCAGGCGGCGCUGGCCCAGGACGGGGCCGGGCUGGCCGUGCAGAUCGCGGCUGCCCAGCGCCAGGAGCGGCACCGCCACCGCGAGGCCGCCGGGCUCAGGUCAGAGAAGGAGGGGCUGGAGAACGCCGUGUUCCAGCUGCAGCAGGAGCUGGCCCAGCUCCAGGCCUGCAAUCAGCAGCUGGAGGCCCAAGGCCGGACACUGGCCCAGGCCAAGGAGGCGCUGGAGGCGGAGCUGGGCGUGGCGCGGCGGGAGCGGGCGCAGGAGCUGCGGGAGCGGCGCCAGGCGGUGGCGGUGGCCGAGGCGGCCGCGGUGGCGGCGGCGCUGCAGAGUGCCCGCGAUGCCCACCGGGAGCAGCUGGAGCAGCUCCAGCGGGAGAAGGAGGAGCUGGAGGCCGAGCGGGGCCGGCUGGUGCAGGAGCACGAGGAGCUGGUGGCCGAUCUGGCGGCGGCGCGGCAGCAGCGCCAGAGCGAGAAGCAGCAGGCUCUGGCGCUGCAGGAGGAGGAGCGUGGCCUGGCAGGGACGUUGGCAGGGCUCCAGCAGAGCCUGGAUGAGGCCACGGCUGAGCUGGAGCAGCGGCGGCGAGAGGCCACAGGCCACCAGGAGAAGGAGCAGGCCUUGGCGGCGGAGCUGCGCUCGCUGCGGUUGCGGGCGGAGGAGGCGGCGCUGAGCCACGAGCGGGAGGCGAGGGCGCUCCGGGAGCAGGCGGCAGCGGCGGCCAAGCAGCGGGACAGCGCCCUGCGGGAGGCGGAGGAGGCGCGGGCGCAGCUGCGGGCCGGGGCCGAGGCGCGGGCGGCGGCGCGGCGGGAGCUGCUGGAGGCGCAGCGAGAGGCCCGGGACAGCCGCGAGGGCCGCGACGCCGAGCGGCGGCGGGCGCAGGAGGCGCGGCGGGCGCUGGGCGAUGCCGCCCGGGAGAAGGAGGCGCUGCAGCGCUCCAACGAGGAGCUGCGGGCGGCCCUGCGGCGUGCCGAGGGAGAGCGCAUCAGCCUGAAGCGCUCCGGGGAGGACAAGGAGCAGCGUGCGGCGCUGCUGGAGGCGGCGCGGGCGGCGGCCGAGCGGGAGGUGUCGGAGCUGCGGGCGGCGCUGCGGGGGCUGGAGCGCGCCCGCCUGGAGAGCCGCCGGGAGCUGCAGGAGCUGCGCCGCCAGGUGAAGGAGCUGGACAGCGAGAACAGCCGGCGGGGCCGGGAGCUGGGGGAGCUGCAGGCGCGGGUGGCGCUGGAGGAGCAGCGGGAGCAGCGCAGCCGCCGCGAGGCCUCGGGGCUCCGGCAGAAGGUGGCCGAGAGCGAGGCCGGCACCGAGGCUGCCAGGAAGGAGCUGCAGCAGCUGCAGCAGCGCCUGGCGGCGGCGGAGCAGGAGUUCCGGCGGCGGGAGCAGGAGCUGUCGCGCAGCCUGGAGGAGGCGCGGGGCAAUGAGAAGAAGCUGCUGGCGGACGCUCGGAACCUGCAGCUCAAGGUGGAGGCGGCGCGGGCCGAGGUGGCGGAGCUGGGGCUGCGGCUGAGCGCGGCGCAGGGCCGGGCGCAGGGGCUGGAGGCGGAGCUGGCCCGCGGCGAGGAGCAGCGCAGGAACGCCGAGUCCCGCCUGGGAGGGCUCCAGGCCACCCUGCGCCGCACCGUGGCCGCGGCCAGGGCCAAGGGCGGGGUCCCGGAGGGUCCGGGCAGCCCCGGCUCCGUCGCGGAUCCCGAUGCCGAUCCCGAUGCGCUGCGGGCGGCGCUGCGGGAAUUCCUGCGGGAGCUGCAGGACGCGCAGCGCGAGAGGGAGGAGCUCCGGGGCCAGGUGAGCAGCCUCGGACGGCGCCUGGCGGAGGCGGAGGCGGAGCGGGACAGCGCCGGGGCCCGGGCACAGCGGCUGCAGAAACUGCUGGACGAGAGCGAGCAAGGGCGGCGGGAGCUGAGCGGAGCCCGCGCUUCGCUGCUGCUGCAGGACGAGACCCUGCGGCGCUCGCAGCGGGAAUGCCGCGGGCUGCGGGAGCGCCUGAGCGCCCUGGAGAGCGGCAUGAGGGCGGCCGAGAGAGAGCGGCGGGCGGGACAGCGCCUGAGCGCCCUGGAGAGCGGCAUGAGGGCGGCCGAGAGGGAGCGGCGGGCGGGACAGGAGAAGCUGGGCGAGCUGGAGGAGGCCCGGCAGCGGCUGGAGCUGUGCGAGAGCCGCAGCGCCCGGCUGGAGCUGCAGCGGCGGGCGCUGGAGGCGGAGCUGGGCCGGGCCCGGCGGGCGCUCGCCGAGCGGGACGCGGAGGCGCGGGAGGCGCGGGAGCGAGCGGAGCAGCUCCGCACGCAGCUGGCUCACGCCGAGUCCCGCUCGGGGCCGCUGUUCCCGGUGCCGCCGGGGAGCGGCUCCAAGGGGGAGGCUCCGGCCGGCUCCGCGCUCCACGAGCGGCUCCUGCAGCUCCAGAACGCGCUGGCCGCGGGCGAGACGGACCGGAGGCUGCUCCAGGAGGGGCUGGAGGAGGCGCGGCGGGCGCUGGCGGAGGCGCGGCGGGAGAAGGGAAUGCUGCGGGAGCAGCUGCGGGAGCAGCGGGAGCUGGGGAUGCUCCGGGAGCCGGGAAUGCCCCGGGAUCUGGGAGUGCUCCGGGAGCCGGGAAUGCCACGGGAUCUGGGAGUGCUCCGGGAUCUGGGAAUGCUCCGGGAGCCGGGAAUGCCACGGGAUCUGGGAGUGCUCCGGGAGCCGGAAACGCCCUCAGAACAGGGAAUGCCGCCGGAGCCCUCCCAGGACCGGCAGCAGGAGGAGCGGGACCCUCCCGGCCCCGCACAGCUCCCGGCGGGGCCGGAUCCCCCCGCGGGCUCGGCCGAGCGGGAGCUGGAGGAGGCUCGGAAACGCAUCCAGGUGCUGCGGGCUCAGGUGUCGGCACUGGAGCUCCGGGCCCGGCCGCUCCCCGAGGAUCCCGUGGAGCUGCAGCGGGAGCUGGAGCGGCUCCGGCUCGGCCGCGGCGGCCUGGAGGAGCAGAUCGAGCUGCUCAAGGAGCAGGAGCUGCAGCGACAUCCCACCGGAACUUAGGGAAUUCCAGGAAUUCCGGGACAUCUGCAGGGACCAGCACAGCUCCGGGAUGGGGGGAUCCAUCCUCAUCCUCAUCCUCAUCCCCAUCCCCAUCCCCGACCCCAAAAUCCACAGCAGGGACCAGCGCAGCUCCGGGAUCCAUCCUCAUCCUCAUCCCCAUCCCUGAUCCCAAAAUCCGCAGCAGCUCCGCUCAGGGGUGAGGGGGAUCCAGCCCCAUCCCUGUGCUCCGAUCCCACAGCGAUUUUUUGUCCCCUCAUUCCCUUUUCUCCAGGAAAAAGCUGCACUUUUCCCACCAGCCGACCAAAUUUGUCUAUUUUUGAUACAAUCUGGGACCUCGUGGAUGGUUUACUCAUUUUCCUGUUGCAGUUUUUAAUGGAAAAAUGGGGAAUAUUCCUUUGUUUUAGCCCCAGAAGACCCAACUGAUUUAUUCCCCUCCAGCCUAACACGCCCUGCCCUCACCCCAUCCUAAUUUCCCCCCUUUUUCUUACAAAAAAAUCCCUGGAUUUGUGUUUUUGAAGGAUUUUUUUUAGGAACUAGCAGGGUUUUUAUAUGGAAUUUUUAGGAGUGGGGGUUUUUACUGGUGCUCUCAAGGGUGGGAAAGCCAUGGGAAGGGAGGUGGUGGCUCUGACCAUCCCCAGUCCCAGCCGGAAUAAACUUGGAAAAUCCAAACCGGGAGUGCUGAGGGAUUUUUUGGGGGAAUUUGGCAUUUUAAGAAUGCCCAAAUUUGGGUUGGGUUGAAUGAGGUCCCUA